CAUUUUAAUAUAUCCCAAAUCCUCAUUGCACUAAUUCAAAUAACUAAGUUCAAUUUUUUUCAAAGCAAUGACACUCAUGGAGAAAUCCUUGUUCUAUUCUCAAUUAGCAUUUUUGUUACUUCAAUGUAUAGUAACUAGCUUAGCUAUCAAGACAGAAACCAAUAUUACGACUGAUCAGUUCGCGCUUCUUUCCUUGAAAUCUCAGAUCAUUUCUGACCCUUUUCAGCUCUUGUCCAAAAGCUGGUCUCAGGACACUUCUGUUUGCAAUUGGAUUGGAGUCACUUGUGGCUCUAGGCACAACAGAGUGACUUCCUUGAAUAUCUCCAACAUGGGUAUAACAGGAACCAUCCCGCAACUUUUUGGGAACCUCACAUUUCUUGUUUCUCUUGACUUGACAAGCAACAAUUUCUAUGGCAAUCUGCCGCAAGAAAUGGUUCGUUUGCGUAGAUUGAAGCUUGUGAAAUUGACUUAUAACAAUUUUAGUGGUGAAGUUCCUUCUUGGUUCGGUUUCUUAGCUCAACUUCAAGUUCUUACUCUUAAAAAUAAUAGUUUUACUGGUUUAAUCCCGUCUUCACUUUCUAACAUUUCCAAUCUUGAAGCUUUGGAUUUAGCCUUCAAUGCUUUAGAGGGAAACAUCCCAAAAGACAUUGGAAAUCUUAAGAAUUUGAGGGGCUUAAACCUGGGAAAUAACAAUCUUACUGGUUCUGUUCCUCCAUCCUUUUCAAAUGCCACAAAGCUGGAAAAGUUGAUUCUUUCUAACAAUUUCCUUCAUGGAAACAUCCCAAAUGAGAUCGGUGAUCUUCACAACCUGAACUGGUUGACUAUAGAAACUAAUCAGCUUACAGGUUCUAUACCCUUCUCAAUUUUCAAUAUUUCCACACUUGAGACUAUUGGAUUUUCCCAAAAUGGUUUAUCUGGUGACCUCCCUACUGAUUUAUGUGAGCGUCUUCCAAUACUCAAAGGGCUUUAUCUUUCUUUUAAUAAGCUACAAGGUCAUAUGCCACAAAGCUUGUCAAGAUGUUACGAACUUCAGCUAUUGUCUCUAUCGAAUAAUGAAUUUGAUGGACCGAUACAUAGUGAAAUUGGGAUGUUAAGUAACUUGCAGACCUUAUAUCUUGGUUUUAACCUUUUCACAGGGGAAAUACCACAGGAAAUUGGGGAUCUUGGUAAUUUGGUGAUGAUAGGCAUGGAGAGAAACCAGCUUACAGGCUCUAUACCCAAGUCCAUAUUCAAUAUUUCCUCACUACAACUUCUGUCACUGCAAAACAACAAUCUUACUGGAUCUUUAUCGAGGGAGAUUGGAAAUCUUACUAUGCUUCAAGGUUUAUAUCUUGGUCAAAACAGGCUUACAGGUGAAAUACCAAAAGAGGUAAGCAAUCUCAUUGAGUUGGUGGACAUUGAUUUGGGGAGUAACAGAUUCAGUGGUUCAUUUCCUAUGGGGAUUUUCAACAUCUCAGGACUGAGAUUGAUUGAUCUUACAGAUAGUACUCUAUCGGGAACACUCCCAUCGAAUAUAGGUUCUAUGCUUCCCAACAUUGAACUUCUUUAUCUAGGUGGCCUAACGAACCUUGCUGGGACUGUACCUCAUUCUCUCUCAAAUUGCUCAAAACUAACUGUUCUAGACCUUUCAACGAACAAACUUUCCGGCUUGAUUCCCAACUCUCUUGGAGAUUUGACACUCCUAGAGACCCUAAACUUGAUGGAAAACAAUUUAAGCAGUGAUCAGUCUUCUCAAGAACUUAGCUUCUUAACUUCAUUGACAAACUGCAGAAAUCUAAAAGAACUGAGUCUUUCCUUUAACCCUCUAAAUGGUAUGCUUCCAGCCUCAGUUGGGAACCUUUCAACUUCUCUUGAAAAAAUUUUCGCUUCUGAUUGCCAAAUUAAAGGUGGAAUUCCAAAUGAUAUAGGGAAUUUAAGCAGCUUAAUCUACUUGUAUCUAUAUGGGAACAGAUUGACUGGACCAAUUCCCGGGACACUUGACAGCUUAGGCAGGCUACAGGAAUUGUCUUUGGCUAACAACAGGCUGAAAGGAUCUAUUGGAGAUAGCCUAUGUGAAUUGCAGAAGUUGGGUAACAUAUACUUAGGUUGAA